GAUGAGAGGAAAGGCGACAAACUGUGUGAGGAAAUAGGGAGUCACCUUGGGAGGGACAACUAGAAAAAUGGCUGUCCUGGCAGUCUCAAGGAUGACUCAGCUGCAAUACAAUUACGGCCUUGGCUUGUGUUCCUGUGCUUUAGACCUGUAUGAAUAGUGCGCUGAAUACAUUAAAGUUGUGCAAUAAGUAUAAUUGGAUGUUAGGUUAUAACGCUCAUCAUCAAACACAAACAGCAGAGGCACUGCACAGUUUGAUGGCUGUAAAAAAAAAAGAAUCCUGAAAUUGAAGUUUCCAGAACACAAAUGAACUUGGCUCGGUCACAGCACCACCUGCUGGACAGUCAGCAGACUGCAGGUGUCAUUUCAAUAUAUGUCCACAGGGGGCAGCAGAGCCCCGCUCCAGCACUACAUACUCUAAUGUUUACUUCCGGCGCUAGCCCCCGCUUCAACAAACGAGGGAAAGUUCAAACAAAACAUCAAUAACUUUUUCAUAAAAACAGCGAUUUAAUGUCUAAUAAAAUGUUGCAACAACUGUCUUUAUUAGAAAGAUGGAUCCAGGAAAACAACGUGCUGGUUAACAAAUGGAAGCAGCAUGAAGGAGGAGGAGAUGCUUUGAGCCGAGAGCAGAGAGUGACCCAUCUGAGGUGGUGCUCCUCUGAAUUUCACAAACUUUUAAGGAAAAUCCAAGGUAUCCCUCCUCUUGCAGAUCACUCACAAUUGGAGCUGACAGUGGUGUACAAUGCCUGUGUGUGCUCCACUGCUCAGUCUCAGUUCUCAGAAGCUCAGCUGCUCCUCACACAAGCCACAGAGAGAGUUCUGCAGAUGACAGAAGUUGACCCUGUUUCUUCAGAUCUUCCUGUGGUUUGGAGAACAGUUCUAAAAUCAGUGGGAAACACAGCUUUGAACACCUGUGUUCUGUACCUUCUCUGUUUGCAGUGGGCAGUAUGGCUGUCUACCUGCCAGCUGAAAUCUAUACAGGAAUUUCAGGAUGAGCUGUUCUCUUUGUCUGAGAGACUCUCUUCUGGAGUUUGGGAUGACAGGAGGAGCGAGGCGAGGGGAAAGUCCUCUGACAUUCCACUACUGGUGAUGGACCCAAGAAGGUUUACAGAAUUAUUGCAGAUCUGCACUUUAAUUGCCCAAGGUGCAGAAACACUGAAUGAUGGCCGGAGUUCAGAAGCACUGUCUGGUCUGCAGACAGCAUCCUCCCUGUCUGCUCCCAGAACUCUAAUAGCAUACACACACCUCCUCUUGGGCUCUUGCCUCGCCCAUAUGAGACGCCCUCAGAUGGCAUUGCAGUGUUACAGGACGGCACUGGAGACAGACCCCCGGUGUGUGUGUGCGCUGUACCAAAGCAUGCAAAUCUACAGACAGCUUGGCAACACACAGGCUGAGAUACAAGCCCUCCGCUUGCUGCACUCAACAUUGAUGUUGCCCCCUGCCACAGAGCCUGCUCUGGCUGGUACUCCUCUCCUCUCCCUGUCCUCACUGCUACGCAGCCAAUCACUGAGCAGCCUGCUCUCAGUUCCCUCUGCCCUCUCUGUCCUUCACAAUCUGGCCCUGAAGUGUGUACAGCAUGAGAGGGUGUCAGAGGGUGUGGAGUAUUAUUUGGACCUGCUGGCUGCUCUUCACUCAGAAGAUCAACAUGAAAUGCAUGCUGAGGGCCCGUCCUUCCCCAGGUUACCUGAGCUUUACCUGCAGGCUGGCGCUGCCUUGCUCAUGGCCCGGCGGCCUGCUGAUUGCAUGGCGCUGUGCGAUGAAGUCAUCAGCACAACACUGGAGCUGCUGCCAGAGAAGGUGGUGUUGGAAGAGCCAGAGGAGAAGUGUGAGGUUGAGACCAGGGCUCUGUGUGCAGAGGGUGAAGACAGGGUGGGGAUGCUGCUCUGGGCCGGGGCUGCCUACCUCCUUAUGGGUCACUGCCACACUCACCUGAAGGACUGGAAACUAGCUGUGACUCACUACACAAGGUGUUUGAACCUGCUGGUGAAAGUGUGCUUUAAAAAAAGAGGUUUCCAACCACAGAUUCCCACCGCAGAUAUGGUUAGUGCGCAGGGAACCGAUCUGUGUAUCCUGCAGAGGCUAAAGGGGCUUUCACUAGCUGGUAGGGGCAUCAGCUUCACACAGACAGGCCAGCUGAGAGAAGCACUGAGGGACCUACAGCUCAGCAUGCAGGCACUCCCAGAGUGUGCAGGUGCAGGGCUGUGGUGUGGUGAGGUGCUAUGGAGGCUUGACAGGAGACAGGAGGCAGCAGCAUGUUGGGAAAAGACCUGGAGCUUCACCCCACAAUCCUCAUUAGAGAGUCUAUCUGUGUACCUACAGGAACCCCAGUCUGGCCCUCUGUUGGACACCACUGAGAUACGCCGCAGAACACAGGAACUCAAGAGACAAAAGAAGAAUACCCUAUCACUUACUCCAUAGGAUCAACUUUCUCUGGCCUCUGAACUGAAACCCAUUUACACAACAAACAUUUAUCUACCAGGACAGUAAAAUAAAGUAUCUUGAAAGCA